AUGCCGCUUUUUAAAGGCCGCACUGGUCUAUCUUACGGUACUAUGGAUGCUGAACAAGCUGGGUAUCCUAUAGAUCAGGAACGCGAUCAGCUGUUACGAGAUGACGAUAGUGAAGGGGAACUGAGCGAUGACUCAACUGCUGAGGAUACUCAGGAAGGAGUUCGAAAAAUCGAAGCGAUCAAUAUGACUUGGACAAAGCGGUCUUUGAUUGUGGCAUAUGUCAGUAUAUUCCUAAUGGCAUUCUGCACGUCGCUAGAAGGACAAACUGUUAUGUCGUUGUCGGCGUAUGCUACAAGUGCAUUCAGCCAGCAUUCAUUGAUUUCCACUGUUCUCGUGGUCCAGAAUGUAGUCAACGCUGUCAUUAAACCUCCUAUGGCCAAGGUGGCCGAUGUUUUCGGUCGGUUUGAGGCCUUUUGUCUCAGUAUUCUUUUAUAUAUCCUGGGGUAUAUACAGAUGGCUGCUUCCACUAAUGUUCAAACAUACGCCUCUGCGCAGAUCUUCUACUCGGCCGGCUCGACAGGCUUGCAAAUUCUGCAACAGGUCUUCAUCGCCGAUAGUAGUGAUUUGCUAAAUCGCGCUUUUCUGGCCCUCUUGCCAGAGUUGCCAUUUCUGGUGACUGUGUGGCUUGGACCGACCAUUGCCGAAGCUGUUCUCCGGACGAGCUCAUGGCGAUGGGGCUAUGGCAUGUGGACCAUCAUUCUACCUGCCGCAUUUCUGCCCCUGGCACUGUCAUUGCUUGUCAACCAGCGCAAGGCUCAGAGGCUUCGUUUAAUCAAGCCAUCAAAGCCCAGACGCAAGAGAAGUCUUUUCCGCAUCAUCCGACGGACCUGGUAUGACCUGGAUGUGGGAGGACUUACGCUUUUGUCUGCUGCAGUGACUCUGAUAUUGGUGCCGCUCACUCUGGCAGCCCACUCCAAGAAUGGAUGGAAAACCCCGAGUAUCAUUGUGAUGAUAUUCUCGGGUUUCCUCUUCUUGAUCGUGACACCUCUAUACGAAUCUUCCAAGAGACUUGCACCCAAGCCUUUGCUUUCCCUGCACCUUCUCAAACAGCGAACUGCUCUCGCGGGCUGUGCGCUGGCAUUUUGGUACUUCAUGGCAUUUUAUUUCUCUGUUCAGCCAUAUUUCUACUCCUAUCUCCAGGUCGUUCAGAACUAUGAUGUCGCCACUGCUGGGCGCAUCACUCAGACGUUCUCAUUUACCUCGACCAUUGCCGCAUUCAUUGCAUCAAUUCUGAUCAAAUACACCGGCCGAUAUCGAAUCUUUGUGACUGUCGGCUGCGUCGUCUACAUUGUUGGCCUGGCGCUGAUGCUCGUGUACAAUCAACAAACCUCCUCAUACGCGCAGGUGCUUGGCAUACAGAUAAUGAUCGGCUGUGGAGGUGGCUUGGUCAAUGUGCCCGUCCAGCUGGGUGUUCAAGCGUCAGCUCGUCCUCAAGAAGUUGCCGCAGCCACCGCAAUGUUUUUGACCUCAAUGGAAAUGGGCGGCGCCAUUGGUGCUGCCAUCUCAGGGGCUAUUUGGUCGCAACUUAUUCCGAAGAAGCUUCUGCUAUAUCUGCCCGACGAGACCAAGUCUCAGGCAGGUGAAAUCUUCGGCAAGCUUACCACUGCCCUGGAGUACCCUAUGGGAUCUCCCACGCGCAUUGCCAUCAAUCGCGCGUACCACGAGACUAUGACUCGGAUUCUCACUUUGGCUGUCCUUGUCACGCUGCCAUUGAUUCCUCUGAGUCUCAUGAUGAAGAAUUACAAACUUGAUAAGAUGACCUCUGGCAGUUAUGACGACAGCACAGAUACACCACUGGUUUCAUCAGAGCUUCACUCUGAAAUCCAACACGACAAACGAACUUGA